AUGGCGGCCGCUGCGGUUGCUAAGCGACGCGCCGGCCAGGCCGGGCCUGACCGGGCCCCGGACCGGACCGGCCCAAGUCGGGCCGAACCGGACCGGACCGGACCGGGGAGGCCGGUGGAUGUCGCYGCCAUCGCCAUGUGCUGCCGGGCCCGGCAGCUGCUGGCGCGGGAGUACCGGGAGUACCGAGCCGCCCGCCUCUUCGGCAUUUUUACCAGGCCCCUACAGGACAGUGUGCUGGAAUGGGUAGCUGAAGUCCAAGGCCUCAAGGAUUCGCUCUGGGAAGGGGCUGUUCUUCAGCUGACACUGACAUACAGUGAAAAGUACAACGAUGUCCCUCCAACUGUUAGGUUCAACACUAUUCCCUUCCAUCCUAAUGGAAUGGAUUCAGACUGCCCCAAGAAAGACAACCAAGUUCUUCAACUGUAGGGUUCGCACAUGUGUCUAGAUCUUUGCAUGUUCAGGCCACCCCCUGAAAUGGAUCCAUUUCAUCUCUCCAACUGAAGGUCCAUGCCCAUGACCUGCCAACUCCAUGUACUUUGGUUUAGCAGUAAUUUUCCACAGCGCACAGCAAGGGAUUGGAGCUCUCCAGAUGAUGGGGUGGAAAAGAGAAGAAGCUGAGACAGCCAUCUCCCUCUCAUGGCACCAGGAUCAGUAAAAGA